CCUGGGGCUGGCUGGGCAGGCGGGCUGGCGGCUGGGCGGGCGGCGGCGGCCUCUGGGCAGUAGAGGGGGCUCCGGGGCUGAGUCCGCGUCGACGCCGGCCGCGGAGGCGGCACCAUGGGCAAGGGGUAGAGGAGCAAGUUGGCCACCGCCGCCGUCUGGGGUGGUGGGCGAGCCGCUUUGGGGUAGGGGGCGGGAGGGGGAGGGAGGGGCGGACAGCCGCUCGGCCGCGGCACUUUUUUAAUUUUUUCGGGUGCCGCAGCGGCGACCCCUCGGCGCCGAUGUUCCUGAUCCCCGGAGCAACGACGGCUGCUGCCUAACCUGGAAAGAGUUGAAGAGGAGCUGCGGCACCGUCCCACCCGCCCCCCCUCCGGCGGAACGAGUGUCCCUGCCCGCCGCUGGGGCUGCUCGGGCCUCUCUCCUUUUCCCCCCCGGGAAGCGAGGGGGUGAGCGGCUGGGCCGAGAUUUGGCUGCGUGUUGGCUGAGUGCGACAGCGAGCUCGGGCAGUAGAGGCGCCGCGGCGGCCGUGGCCGCGCGGGGCGCAGCAAUAAGCAGGUGUGUGUGUCCGGGGGGAACGUGCACCGCGGGCUCCUCGGCUGGCGACAGAUUGUGCAGGAAUGCGAGGAAUGCACCAGGGGCAUAGUCCACACGACCCGCCGCGGCAGAACUAGCGCCUUCCCGGUCCAGCUCUCGCCGAGCAGCCAGAGGUCACCGGAGCAUCUUCGGAGCUGGAGGAAUGCCAGCUCCUGAGCAGGCCUCAUUGGUGGAGGAGGGGCAACCACAGACCCGCCAGGAAGCUGCCCCCACUGGCCCAGGCAUGGAACCCGAGACCACAGCCACCACUAUUCUAGCUUCCGUGAAGGAGCAGGAGCUUCAGUUUCAGCGACUAACCCGAGAACUGGAGGUGGAAAGGCAGAUUGUUGCCAGUCAGCUAGAAAGAUGUAGGCUUGGAGCAGAAUCACCAAGCAUCGCCAGCACCAGCUCAACUGAGAAGUCAUUUCCUUGGAGAUCAACAGAUGUGCCAAAUACUGGUGUAAACAAGCCUAGAGCUUCUGACGCUGUCCAUCCCAAUAACUAUCUCAUCAGGACAGAGCCAGAACAAGGAACCCUCUACUCACCAGAACAGACAUCUCUCCAUGAAAGAUCAUUGGGUAACUCAAGAAGUUCAACACAAAUGAAUUCUUAUUCCGACAGUGGAUACCAGGAAGCAGGGAGUUUCCACAACAGCCAGAACUUGAGUAAGGCAGAUAAUAGGCCACAACAUUCAUUCAUAGGAUCAGCUAAUAACCACCUGGUGAGGAAUUCAAGAGCUGAAGGACAAACGCUGGUUCAGCCAUCAGUAGCCAAUCGGGCCAUGAGAAGAGUUAGUUCAGUUCCAUCUAGAGCACAGUCUCCUUCUUAUGUUAUCAGCACAGGCGUGUCUCCUUCAAGGGGGUCACUGAGAACUUCUCUUGGUAGUGGAUUCGGCUCUCCAUCAGUGACCGACUCCCGACCACUGAACCCCAGUGCAUACUCCUCCACCACAUUACCUGCUCAGCGGGCGGCCUCUCCGUACUCUGCACAGAGACCCGCCUCCCCAUCAGCUGUACGUCGGAUUGGGUCGGUCACCUCCCGGCAGACCUCCAAUCCCAACGGACCAACCCCUCAGUACCAAACGACCACCAGAGUGGGGUCCCCACUGACCCUGACGGAUGCACAGACUCGAGUAGCUUCCCCAUCCCAAGGCCAGGUGGGGUCAUUAUCCCCCAAACGCUCAGGGAUGACCGCCGUACCACAGCAUCUGGGACCUUCACUGCAAAGGACUGUUCAUGACAUGGAACAAUUCGGACAGCAGCAGUAUGACAUUUACGAGAGGAUGGUUCCACCUCGGCCAGACAGCCUGACAGGCUUACGGAGUUCCUAUGCUAGUCAGCACAGCCAGCUUGGACAAGACCUUCGUUCAGCUGUGUCUCCCGACUUGCACAUCACUCCUAUCUAUGAGGGGAGGACCUAUUACAGCCCAGUUUACCGCAGUCCAAACCACGGAACCGUGGAGCUCCAAGGAUCGCAGACAGCACUGUACCGCACAGGUUCGGGUGUUGGAAAUCUGCAAAGGACGUCCAGCCAACGAAGUACCCUUACAUACCAAAGAAAUAAUUAUGCUCUGAACACAACAGCUACCUAUGCGGAGCCCUACAGGCCAAUACAAUACCGAGUGCAAGAGUGCAAUUAUAACAGGCUUCAGCACAUAGCACCAGCUGAUGAUGGCACCACGAGAUCCCCAUCAAUAGACAGCAUUCAGAAGGAUCCCAGGCAAUUUGCCUGGCGUGAUCCCGAGUUGCCUGAAGUCAUUCACAUGCUGCAGCACCAGUUCCCGUCAGUUCAGGCAAACGCAGCAGCCUACCUGCAACACCUGUGCUUUGGCGACAACAAAGUGAAGAUGGAGGUGUGUAGGUUAGGGGGAGUCAAGCAUCUGGUUGACCUUUUGGACCACAGAGUUUUGGAAGUUCAGAAGAAUGCUUGUGGUGCCCUCCGAAACCUUGUUUUUGGCAAGUCUACAGAUGAAAAUAAAAUCGCGAUGAAGAAUGUUGGUGGGAUACCUGCCUUGUUGCGACUGUUGAGAAAAUCUAUUGAUGCAGAAGUAAGGGAGCUGGUCACAGGAGUUCUUUGGAAUUUAUCCUCAUGUGAUGCCGUAAAGAUGACAAUCAUCCGAGAUGCUCUCUCAACCCUGACAAACACUGUGAUCGUUCCACAUUCUGGAUGGAAUAACUCUUCUUUUGAUGAUGAUCAUAAAAUUAAAUUUCAGACUUCACUCGUUCUGCGUAAUACGACAGGUUGCCUGAGGAAUCUCAGCUCCGCGGGGGAGGAAGCGCGGAAGCAGAUGCGAUCCUGUGAGGGGCUGGUGGACUCUCUGUUGUACGUGAUCCAUACGUGUGUGAACACAUCCGACUACGACAGCAAGACCGUGGAGAACUGCGUGUGCACGCUGAGGAACCUGUCGUAUCGGCUGGAGCUGGAGGUGCCCCAGGCCCGGCCACUGGGGCUGAACGAAUUGGAUGACCUACUCGGAAAAGAGUCUCCCAGCAAAGACUCGGAGCCAAGCUGCUGGGGGAAGAAGAAGAAGAAGAAAAAGAGAACACCACAAGAGGAUCAAUGGGAUGGAGUUGGUCCUAUCCCAGGACUGUCGAAGUCCCCCAAAGGGGUUGAGAUGCUGUGGCAUCCGUCAGUGGUAAAACCAUAUCUGACUCUUCUAGCAGAAAGUUCCAACCCGGCCACCUUGGAAGGCUCUGCUGGAUCUCUCCAGAACCUCUCUGCUGGAAACUGGAAGUUUGCAGCGUACAUCCGAGCAGCCGUCCGCAAAGAAAAAGGGCUCCCCAUCCUUGUAGAACUUCUGAGAAUGGAUAAUGAUAGAGUUGUUUCUUCUGUGGCAACUGCCUUGAGGAAUAUGGCCCUAGAUGUUCGCAACAAGGAGCUCAUAGGUAAAUACGCCAUGCGAGACCUGGUCAACCGGCUCCCGGGUGGCGCCAGCCCCACCGUGCUGUCGGAUGAGACCGUGGCAGCCAUCUGCUGCGCCCUGCAUGAGGUCACCAGCAAGAACAUGGAGAAUGCCAAGGCCCUGGCUGACUCGGGGGGCAUAGAAAAGCUGGUGAACAUAACCAAGGGCAGAGGAGACAGAUCAUCUCUGAAAGUGGUGAAGGCAGCAGCCCAGGUCUUGAAUACAUUAUGGCAAUAUCGGGACCUCCGGAGCAUUUAUAAAAAGGAUGGGUGGAAUCAGAACCAUUUUAUUACACCUGUGUCAACAUUAGAGCGAGACCGAUUCAAAUCACAUCCUUCGUUGUCUACCACCAACCAACAGAUGUCACCUGUCAUUCAGUCAGUCGGCAGUACCUCUUCCUCACCAGCACUGUUAGGAAUCAGAGAGCCUCGCUCUGAAUACGAUAGGACCCAGCCACCUAUGCAGUAUUACAGUAGCCAAGGGGAUGCCACACAUAGAGACCUGUACCCUGGCUCCAGCAAACCUUCACCAAUUUACAUCAGUUCCUAUUCCUCACCAGCAAGAGAACAAAAUAGACGGCUACAGCAUCAACAGCUGUAUUAUAGUCAAGAUGACUCCAACAGAAAGAACUUUGAUGCAUACAGAUUGUAUUUGCAGUCUCCUCAUAGCUAUGAAGAUCCUUAUUUUGAUGACCGAGUUCACUUUCCAGCUUCUACUGAUUAUUCAACACAGUAUGGACUGAAAUCGACCACAAAUUAUGUAGACUUUUAUUCCACUAAACGACCUUCUUACAGAGCAGAACAGUACCCAGGGUCCCCAGACUCGUGGGUGUAGCAUCAUGAUGCUCGGGAGAGGAACUCUUUCUUUCUAACCUUGUUUGGAUUGAGAUGAGAAGUCCGUCUUGCUGAUUUGCUGAUGAAAUGUGGAAGUGACGUGGAAGGAAUGAGUGAAGAGAAUUUUUUUUUCUUUUUUGAGGAAUUAUCAGGGAAGUGAGGCAACCUUUGGGAGGGAGGACUUUCUAAGCUCUACUUAGGCAUUAGAUCUAAUUACUUGUAGAUUCUAUAGUCUGGUGAAGGUGUGGGCUAUGUGAUGAGAGGUUUGAGAAAUGGGUGAAAUGAGAUGGGGGAUGUGUAGGUCAAAUCAAAUUAAAGAUGAUUUUUUUAAUGUGAAUAAGUUAUGUUCUGAUAGUUUGUACAGAAAAAAUAAUAAUAAUAAAAUGGAUGCCCUUCAUGUUUUAUUGCUAUUACUAAAUGUCAAGACUGUAUGCUAUUGUGUCUUGUAAAUUUCUUUUGUUGGUGUAAAUAUGGAAAUGCCACAUUGGUUAAGUGCCAUCAUUUGUAACGCAGUGUGUCAUUUGAAAAGAGAUUUGAAGAAACUGACAGCUUAAAAAACAAACAGGAAACCCAAGGAAUUGUUAGCAGUUAAAAACAAACUACAACAUCCUUUGUUUUCAAAAUGAAUAAUGUACCUUUGAAGCACAAAGUCCAGUCUGGUAUAGCAGCGCCAUGCCCAUUCCCUGCCUCUUUCAUAGGACACUUCACUGCCAUUUUCUAUGCACAUGAAAGAAAAAUAAAUGUGGAAAUUUCAUCCUUGGAAA